CUAUCAUCAACAAUAACAACAACAUCGCCAUUGUCGUCAUCAUCCAAUCACUAAUUCUACUUUUUAAAUCUCUCAAUCAACCUUGCAUGGCUUUUUCAAGAGUCACAUUUUAUAUGUGUAUAUGAACAUUACUUGAGUAUUGUUUAAGUCUUGUCUGAUUCUAAUGAAAUGUAGACCUAUGGUCAUGAAAUUCAAUUAACUACUCAUUUAUUAGAUCAAGAUAUAUUCAAGGCAGAAGACAAAAAAGUAACUCUACACAGAGGCAGCACUACAGGGGAAAAAGGCAUUCACAUUUUGAUAUUUCAAGAGGUGAAAAUAAACAAUACAACAAAAAUAAAAUACAAGGUGAUUCGCAAACCAUGAGUCUCACCUGAUUUCAUGAUCAAUAAAAUAUGCAAUAUGAUCUUGUGACCCCUAGAUGACCUUUGACCUCAAGGAUUAUAUGUGCUAAGUGUGAACAUAUUUGAUGCAGAAAUAAUAAAAUGAGAGCAAGUUGAACAGAAAUUUUAACAUUUUUGUAACAGACCAACAGACUAGCAGACUAACAGGAAAACAUCUCUGCCAAAUUUCAUUCAGACGAGACAAAUAGGGAGAAGAAAAUAGAAGAACUGAAGAGAAAGGAUCAAGUCAAGAUGUCUAUAAUAUCUUUGAUUAAGUUUUUAAAACACACAGGAGAUGGAGGGAGAGUUUGCAAUUUAACCCUAACUCUAACAUCUUGUCUUAUGAAUGGCACUCAAUAAAAGGACCUGAUAAACCCUCAUCAAAUGCUACAUGAUGUAUAAACUUGCAUACAGAAACACUAGACUGCCAACAAUUCCCAGGGGGGGGGGUCAAAUUUAUUGAUGUACACAUGCGUGACCAAAUUAUUUCCAAACACCCCCUAAACAAGUUUUUCUCUGUAUGCAAAAUAACCCUCUAAACAAGUUUUUCGUGGGCUUCAUUUAUACAUUUUGGCCCCUAAACAAGUUGUCCCCCGCGGGGAAAAAGCUUGGGAAAAAUACAUACCCUAAACACGUUUGGCUAGCCUUAAAAAAAUAAAGCUUUGGAAAAAGAAACAUACCCUAAAUUCGUUUGACCCCGCGAUUGACCAUUGACCAGUCUUUCAAAACCAUCCCUUUUUUUGAAAAUAAGUGUUUUUUAUACCCUUAACGAGUGCACACGCAGCCCGCAUCCAAAACUGAAAAAACACCCCUUUAAACAAGUUUUUUUGGGUCACGCAUGUGUACAGCAAUAUAUUAGACUGACCCCCGGGCAACAAUUAUGCUAGAAAUUAUUGUCCAACUGUUUGUGUUCAUUUUGAAAUUUUGUGAAUAGAAUCUGACUAAUGAUUACUGAUCUGCCCUUCUUUUCCUGUAAGUUCACCUACAUAAAAGUUUGGAAAUUUUAUCAAAGCAAAGAACAAACAUGAGAUUGGAAUUAUGUAGAUAUACUAAAAUAGACUAAAUUGACCCAAUAACUUGGAAGCCAGGAAAACUCCUUCCUGAUUAUACUCAGUUUUCUGUCGUAUUGUUUAGAUCAGCUUAUCUAAUAUCCUGGAAAUAGAGGUUUGUUGUAUACAAUGAGAGUACCGUACAUCCUUUACGUUCAUCCUCUACCUCUCUCUCUAUCUCUCUUUCUUUCCCUCCCUCUCUCACUCUCUAUCUCUAGUUACUUAAACCAUUUUGCGCAGGACACAUUUUUGUAUAAAAGGAAAGAUGAAAGCUGAAUUUGGUCAGUUGUUAUUACCAUACCAAUCAACUUACUGUAGACUGAUAUUCACUGAUCUCUAUGAAGCAUUUGAUCUGAUCUCCACUCCAUCAUUCAUGUCAGUUAUCAAACUUUAGAUACUGAGAGAAAUACAGUUAUUUCUGGCUCCUAUUACCUCUAUCUCAUCAACAUGUACCCAAAAAGAUAUUUAGCAUGGCAAGAUUUCUUGCAAAUAGCCUUGCUGGUGCUCUCUUUAGUGGUGUUUGGUGAAGCUGUGACAAUGACAACAAGUGCUACUCCACGCUGCAUCUAUAAUGACAUUCCUGAAGAUCUUUCUCAAGAAUGUACAACAAUAACUAUUCAAGGUGGAAAUCUGGGUGUUUUGUCAAAAGCGUCUUUCAUCAGCUUAAAUGAAAGUACGAAUGUCCGGAAAUUGGUGAUAUCUGAUAAUCAGAUAACUGAAAUUGAAAGAAAUGCUCUGCAAAAUUUUCCAUUCCUGGAACAUCUUGAUGCUUCUGACAAUUUAAUAGGGAACCUUGACCAAGCUGUGUUUGAAUCUCUACCAGAAUUAUCAAUCCUCUACCUUCAAGGCAACAGAAUUAGCAACAUUUCAAACAGAGCUUUUCAAGGCUUAGACAACUUGGAAGUUUUACGCCUUGAUGACAAUCGACUAGAAAAUAUUGAAACAUUCUUAGUAAAUGUUCCUAGUUUGGAUGUAUUAAAUCUCACAUUAAAUCGCAUUACAGAAAUCAGUUCUAAUGCCUUUGAUGGAAUGACCAAACUACAUUACCUAUACUUAGGAUACAAUCGCUUAAUUGAAAUGCCAGAAGCUUUAACAGAAGAUAGAAUGAAGAAGCUACAUGUGUUAAACAUGAGAAGUAACCUGAUAAAGGUUUCUUUUGAUUCAUCAUACCUGCACUAUGACUACUUAGAAGAGCUGUACUUGACAAACAAUGAUAUACCUGAGCUCUCUGAUGAUGUCUUUAAGUAUCUUAGGAGGCUACAAGUACUGCACCUUGACUACAAUCGUCUGACCAACUUCAAUGCUUGGCUGGUACAUCAUCCACAAGGACUCCAAGAGAUCAAACUGGAUAACAACCCAUGGAAUUGCAUAUGCAACAACACAGAGGUAUGGUCACUUCUUAAAAAUCAGAGAAACCUGACAAUCAUUGAACAAGAAUCUACCUUUUGUGCCACUCCAAGUACCAGAAGGAGGGAGGUUACUUUUGAUUUUAUGCAAACUUGUGAAAGCAAACCUGUUUUAUCAACCACUGCAGUAAACAUUAUAAUCAUUUCCUCUGCAAUCCUUGUAACAUUUAGUUUAGUGUCUGUCUGUAUGUUCUACAUUCGAAGAAAGUGCCAUCAAAAGAAAAAGAUGAGAGUAAAUCCUGUAUCUCCUCAAACUAGUAUGACAACAACAGACAGUCAGGUUGAACUUCCAAAACAUGAAUACUUGUGUCAUGCAAUCAGUCCAAAAUCUCUGUCUCCAAGCAUCACAAAUGGACCAACAAAACCCACUAAUAUUGUAGCUGGUGAUAGCUCAACGCUUCGAUCUCAUAUCUACGAUAAGCCAGAAUUCAAGGAAACAUUAUGCUGUGAUCCAUCUUUAUAUAUUAAUGACAAGAUUGUUAAGAUGAAUCUUCAGAGAUGUAGGAUAGACCAAACAAGAAGCAAGGAUGUAGAAGAGGAUUUAGAUUCUGACACUGAUUACUACUUGGUUCCUAUUGAAUUGACACCUGACAAAAUGAAAUGACAAUUAUUAUCAACAUGCCAUGAAAGCUAGUUUGAAGCUCACAUUUCUUGUGUAUUUAAUGUAAAUAAUAAUAUUGUAUAUUUUUGUAACCUGUAAAUAUGGUUCAAAUAUUUUUGUUUAAGUUAAACUUACUGAUACUUCACAUGUUUUAUUUAAUCUUGAUUAUCCUGCUUAUUUGGAACAGACAGACUAAAACAAUUAACUAGUGUGGUGAUGUUCCUAACUAUUUUCAAUGCUGCACAAAGGAAACCACAAUUGAAGAAAAUGUUUUGUCCUAAAUUGGGUAAUUAUUGUUCAUUUGUAAGUCAAGUCAGCAGGCAAAGAAACACAAAAGCACCAGUUAAUCUAGGCUUUGCCCCCCCAAAAAAACUAAUUACUCUUUUUAACAAGUGUAAUUCAUUUUUCAAUGAAGUAUUAAAAUUUAUAAAUUGAACUUGUUGAUUUGUAAAAACUAAAUCAAUUUAUAUGUCAGCAUAAUAUAGGCAAGAGUACAGUUAUGUAGAAUUUACAUGUACCUGCUUUGAUAUGAAGGGGUGUGCUCAUAUAUUGAUAAAAUCAACAGAAUUCUAGCUUACGAUCACUUUCUGAAAACAAGAUAUGUUAAAACGCCGCAGACAAGUUACAAAAAUAUUAGUCCGGCAGCCCGGGAGAUUUAUUCAACCGAAAGCAGGACAAGCAAAUGACCCCUUAGCUGGACAGCAUGGACCUUGAAGUUUACAAAAAUGCAUUGCUGCCGUGUUUUAUCCGUGGUCUUCCCGCCAAAAUGACAUACUCUAUGACGUCACUACAAAAUGGCCCUAUUUCACCAUUUUUUAGACAUUCUACACAUAGCAUGAAGUCAAGGGAGAAUAUCUCAGCCAAACCGUGAUUGUUUUGUAUGAAACUUUCAAACUAUAUUGUUCAAGUAGUGCAAAAGAGACAUGCAAAAUUUCAUGAACAGAAAUUAUUGUUUACAUAUGCAAAUUACGUCAUGAAAUUUGCGUAUCAUUAGUUUGGGAGAUUUCUUGCUUUUAAAAAUGUCGAAAAUCGAUUUAGAAAUUUUUUUUUUUUUUUAGUGUACUUUUUUUGAUAUAUUUCCUGUCAAGCAUAAUAUCGUUCUCUUCAUCUAUAUCUCUACUUUUAGAAAAUAUAUGUCAGUAAUUGAAAAUGACAUUAUAGACUGUGAUUUCAGCCCCCUUUUCAAUAUGGUGCAUACAUAAAAAUUUGUUUUUUGGCCCAUUUCACCAUAUAGCUGAGGUGUGCGAACGAUAUGCCUACUUUAUGGAUGUUUCCUGCAUUUUACAUGAUAUUAAAUCUUCCACACAACAUAUUUUCAUCUUCAUUAUGUCUCUGUUAAUAAAUAAAUGAUUUCAGCAAAGAUUGAUUGCCCACUGGGCAGUCUAUAGGCUACGUUUUCAGCCUAUUUUUUAACAACGAACCUAUACCAUGUAUGACUGCAUUAUUGUAGUCGAGUCGGAAAUGGGGGUUCCUGUGCUCCAUCAAAAUAUAUUUUUAAUAAUAAUAAUAAUAUACAGUUCUAAUAUAGUGCAUAUCACAAUUAUGAACAAUGUCUCUAUGCGCUUCCAAAGGACUUGGAUAUUAUUACCCCAGCUUUAGCUUGGCAGCCGUAAUUACCAAGAUUACAGCGCACACACAUUUCAAGGAAUAAAUUCCUGCCAGGUACCCAUUCACGUCACCUGGGUUGAUUGCAGCACAAUGUGGAUAAAUUUCUUGCCGAAGGAAAUUACCCCAUCUCUCAUCACCUUAAUUUUUCAUUUAAAGGUAUUGAAAAUAAUCUUAUUCUACAACAAAUUUUCAUGAAAUUUUCAGCGUUAUGAUUUACUCAAUAAACUUGCUGUUUGGGUGGACUUUACCUUGAUGACUAAUAUCGAAGUAACAUAAAUGACGUAAAAUGCAAUUACAUAUAUGAGUUUGGAAAUAUUGUACAUUUGUGAAUAGUAUUAAAACAAACUAUUAAAAACAAA